GCCGCUGUCGCCGAAGUGAGUCAAGAAAUUCGUACAGUGUGUGAAAAUUAUUUUCGGUUACCUUCUGUUUUGGUCCGUUUUCGGUUGACGACAAGCAGCAACACCCAAAGACCACGAGAGUGUGGUCUUUUCAGCCGAACGGUGCAUGUGCUUUUUUGCGUCGGAAUAAGAGGGUAGUUUUCCCCAAAAGUAAACAAAAGGUUCCGUUUGGUUUGUUUACUCGUUGAUAGAAGCGCCGCGGAAAGUGCCAUCAGGAAAACUAGAGUGAUAACUCGAUCCAGGACUGCCCAGCGGUUGCAACCCUGAAUCAUCGAUCCAUCGCCGCGCGUGUGUGUAAUCGAUUCUCUAAUGCUCGGCCCCAGUAGCAACAGCCACAAGCGAUUACUACAAUGACCGACAACAACAAUUUCCACAUGCCGCAGCACGUAAUCAAACAUGAGACGAUCCAGUCAUCGUCCGCGUCUCCACCGCACCAUCAUCAGCAACUGCAACAACAGCAGCAGCAGCAGCAGCCCCAAUUCCAGGUGUACUAUCACCACCAGGCGCACGGUCAGUCGCACCCGCCCAAGGCCGCUGCUGUGAAAAUGGUCGAAACCGUACCGGCAGAUCAUUCGGUUUCCGUUGCCGGGCUUGACUACAGCACUCAUCACCAUCACCCGCAACAGAUUAUCGAGUACGAUCCAGUCAGUGAUCCGAACCAUCCGGUAAGUGUGGUCAUCGAGCAUCAGCAAGUUGGGGACAUUCAACCGACCAUCGAGCAGCAGGAGCAGAGCGUGAUAGAAGCGCUCUGCCAGCAAGCUCACCAGAAUCGGUUGCACCAGGAACAACAGCAAAUAGCCAAGGGCAAAAGGAUGCGUAUGGAUAAUGUACAACACGAGAACGGAUCUGGCUAUCCAAGCGAGGACGAGGAUCACGAAGAUCCUCGGCGAAAGGUCGUCCACCAGGGACCUGGUGGGGAAUCGAUCGAAGACCAAGAGCAAAGUAUUAUCGAAGCGCUCUAUCAGCAGCAACAGCAAAACCAGCUUCGCAAACAACUCAUCCAACAUCAGCAGCAAGAUAAUCAUCAGCUGUCAUACCAGAGGCGCUCGCCAAGUCCGCCGUCCCGUUCGCUGUCCCCCUCCCAAUCUCCGACCGUUUCGGGUACGACCGACUCGCUAAGUUCUCGCAUCACACCCGCAUCUCAACCACCACCUCAGCCGAUCUCGUUGGCCAACAUCAACCAGAGCAACUUUAUCGCUCGGUUAAUAAGCAAGGACAACAUCUUGCUCAUAUCCGAGGACCUGAUCGAAAUUGGACGGAAUUCGUCGCGGGCACAGGUGGACUUCCAUGUUGGAAGGAACAGCUUCGUAUCGCGAAAACAUUUACUGCUGCACCAUGAUCACACCGACGGGGAGUUCUAUUUAUCCUGCUUGAGUAAAAAUGGUGUCUUCAUUGAUAAUAUUUUCCACAGAAAAGGAGCAGAGCCGUUUUUGUUGCCCAGAGUUUGCAGCAUACGUUUCCCGAGUACAAACAUCAAGAUCCAGUUCGAGAAUUUGUACCACAAAAAUAACUCCGACGGGCCACGUGACCUGCUGGAUACGAGCUGCGGGCCCUAUCCCGCCAGUAGCAGUACCAUGCAGGUCACCGGCAAUGGUCCAUCCAGCAACAGCGAUAUCCAUCCUGCCUCUACGUCGACCCCCAGCAAUACCAGCAUGUACGCCCCGCUCAAGAUCUCCAUACCGCAGGAACCGCCCACUUCGUCAUCGAUGGAACACAUUGAUAUGAGUGGCCGCAACCGGGACAACGGCAAGAGUCCGUACCCUUCGCCUACGGGAACGAUUAGUGCUGCCAACAGUUGUCCCACGAGUCCCCGCCAAGGAUAUCACGAUUUCUCCAUCUACACAACUGGCCAUCUCAGUUCCGUAGGCGGAGUACUCGGCCACGACAUGAGCGGAUCAUCCGGGGUUCAUCUGGCAUCGAGCAGUAGUGGAAGCGCAACCGUCAGUCACAGCUUUAACGAUUUCCAACCUCCGGCAACGUCGCAAUCGCUUGAGAACGAAAAGCCACCGUACAGCUACGCCCAGCUGAUUGUGCAAUCGAUUUCCGCCUCGCCGGAGAAGCAACUGACGCUGUCCGGAAUAUACUCGUUCAUCUCAAAGAACUAUCCGUACUAUCGAAACGGAGCAAACAAGGGUUGGCAAAACUCAAUCCGGCACAAUCUAAGCUUGAACCGCUACUUCAUAAAAGUGCCCCGAUUGCAGGACGAACCGGGCAAGGGAAGCUUCUGGCGUAUCGACCCAAACAGCGAACUGAAGCUGAUAGACCAAAGCUACCGGAAGAGACGCCAGCGGGGUAGCCAGUGCUUCCGGACGCCGUACGGUAUGCCGAAGUCGGCACCCGUUUCGCCGACAGCUAUGGAUCCGGAAAGCAGAGAAGGCUCGCCAUUGCACGAAAUGCUGCUCCAAUCGGCGCCGGGUUCGCCGGGUCAUGUGGCAGCCAAUGCGUAUGUUCACAGCAGCACCGGUACCAGUGUGGCAGGCCAUCCCGGGCAGGAAGAUUUUUUUGCGAAACAACCCACCAAACGAGUUCACCUGGAAUCUGUUGGUAAAUUCCUUAAGCAACAACUACAGCAGCCUAUUGCACCAACCGUAGUAGCUUCCACUACAGCCGCAGCAGCAACAACAACCGCUACUACGUCAGCGGCAGCAGUGGCUGGAGCCCAUCUGUAGGCGCAUACACACAAUCGCAAUCGCAGUGAGAUUUUCCACCAUCCGUUUACUUUUGUACGCAAAGAAACCCAACUUUAUUGAGUAUGAGUAUAUUAUUGGUACUACACAUUAUUAAUACAAUUGUAGGUAAAAGCAAAAUACGAACAAAACCGCUAUUGUGUUCGUAUUGAUAUAAUUGUUGAUAAGCAUAAACUGAAAAUCACAAAACAUCUUGGAUAGUAUAAAACAUACAAAACAAAUCAAGAAGAAAAAAGAAGAAGUUGUGGCAAACAACAUAGCAUGUAAGAGUUUUGACUAAUGCAGAAAUUAUUCUAUUUAGUAGAAGUGCUUGUUGUACAAUGUCGAUGUCGUCGUCGUUUUUAGCUAAAUAAGCCUAAGGCAUUUCCUCCCCCCGGGUUCUCUCUCUCUGCGCUUUGUGUUUGUGCGGCUCUGCUUCGGGUUGAAGCAAAAAGUUUCCCAACUACGAAACCCCACGCACGCUCCGAUUUCACCUUCGUUUGUUAUUUCCGUGAGGGUGUUCAGGGUGUGAGUGCUGGGUUCUUCGAGUUGGGGACGACCUCCUUCAAGGAGCUACCUACCAAUGCGGGCAAGCGAAAUCAACUUCAGGUUCUUAUUGGAAUUGAUGGCAUACAUACGUGAGUGUCAUAAAUGGUGUAAAUUGAUGUUCAUUUCGGAAAUCUAUUUUCUUUCUCAAGUUCUCUAGAAACGAACAAGCAGCAGACACAAAAGUGAAUGCAAAACCACAACAAAAUAAACCAUUGAAGCCUAACGAACAAAUCGUUUUUUUUUUUUU